CUUCUUUAUAGCCGGCCGGCUCGCCUCGACGACGCCAUGCCGAGAAGCCGAGCCACACACAAAUAGCUAAGCAGAGCAGACUGCAUUGCUCUGUGAAGGGUAGAGGCUAGAGACAGGCAUGGCGGCGCUGCUCGAAGCUGUGGUGUUCCCGCCAGAUCACCCCCGCGUCCCGUGCUGCAGGUCGUGCGGCUCGAGCUGCGUCCUCGGUGGCUAUGGCGUCGCCUCGGCCGGAGAGUUCGAGGGAAUCAUCGAGAAGGGCGUGGUGGUGGUGCAGGAAAACGGAGAGCUCCUGGUGCCGCCGCCGGCGCAUGGCAGCGCCUGCUGUGCCUGGGCCGGCGGCGCGGCGACCAGCAGCUGGGCCGGCCCCGUGCCGUCGACGACGCUGGCGACGUCGUCCGCGCGGUGGCCAGCGCAUCAUCAUCAGCCCGCGGUCACCAGGAAGCCGCGGCGGCGGAGAGGGACGGCGGCGAGGAGGAGCGCGUCGGAGGCCGAGAGCCUGAGGCGGAACCACAUCGCUGUGGAGCGCAGCCGGCGGCGGCAGGUGAACGAGUACCUCGCCGCGCUGCGAGCCCUCAUGCCGACCUCCUACGCACGACGGGGUGACCAGGCGUCCAUAGUCGGAGGCGCCAUCGACUUCGUCAAGGAGCUGGAGCACCACCUGCAAUCGCUGCAGGCUCAGAGACACCCCGCCGCCGCCGCCGCCGGCCACGGCUCCGAGCGUUUCCCCGGAUUCUUCACGCUCCCCCAGUACUCCACCGCCGAGGCGGCCAACGACGUCGACGACGGCGCCAGCAGCAGCGGCGGCGAGAGGCGCCCCGCGACGCGGACGGGCGUGGCGGACGUCGAGGUGGCCGUGUCGGAUGGCGGCCACACGACGGUGAAGGUGCUGGCCCCGCGGCGGCGGCGGCGGAUGCUGCUCGGGCUGCUUCUUGGGAUGCAGCGCCGCGGCCUCACCGCGCUCCACCUCAACGCCACCACCACGGCCGACCAGAUGGCCUUGUACACUUUCAGUCUAAAGAUGGGGGACGAGUGGCAGCUCUCGUCGGCCGGCGACGUCGCGGCCGCCGUGCACGACAUCGUCGCCGGCAUGGACACCGCAGAAGAACGUGCUGUUUAGCUUUAGCCUGAAAAUGACGGGAUUCUUGGUGUUGUUAGUCUUCGAUCGUUCUUUCGGUUCACGAAUCAUAUCACGGCUGUGCACGCACCUAUUCCCACUUCCCGUACACAACAAACCCUGUGUGGGGACUGGUGACCCCGAUGUUUGAUUUUGUGAUAUCUUAGGGUUUCAGCUAACCUACUCAUGUUGAACAAAUCUUUUCACGCCAUGUUUUGAACGCGUUUAAUCUCAUCGUAAGAUA